GAUACCGCUACGCGUCGACGCGUUUGUGGAGGACUGAUAUGGCAUUGCCGAGUGUCUUUGUCAAGGACAGUGAGACAGCUGCAUCUCUAUCGGCGUAUAUCAGGUCAUUAGCCUGCUACUGUUCUACCUCCCCCGACUUGACUAUAUUCGAACCUACCAUUGACGUAUACUCGCUGCUCAGCAACAUGGCAACUCUCAGAAUCCGUACCUCCAACACUGCGCCGCCCAAUGUGCUUGCCCCCAAUCUUCCUCUGUCCUCUCGUCUCUCCAACGGACAGCCCUACAACAUUGUCCUAUUUCCUGCCUCGGCCUUGACCACAGGGACACGGGCAGUGCUUUUCAGGAUGCUUGAUCAAAACAUGAAGACUAUCCAAGAUAACUCUUCAUUCCCAUAUACGAAGGAGUCGAAGCAAGAAGAAAUGUUCGACCCCACCUCACGAUUCCUCCUGGCCCUCAAAUCAUCGGCCUCUGUCCCUGCAUUAGAGGGCAAACGACCGGAAGAGAUGUCUUCAGUGGUGGAGCUCACGGAGGACGAUGUUCUCGGCUUUGUGGAGUGGCGCUUCGAUACAGAGGAGACUUUGCGAGGGAGUGACGUCGAGGUUGCCUAUCUGUAUGAAAUACAGUUGACGUCCUCAUCCAAGGGACUCGGUAUUGGUAGAACCUUGAUGGAGAUCUUGGAGGAGAUUGGGGACCGACGGCAGAUGCAGAAGGUCAUGUUGACGUGCUUGAAGAGUGUGUUAGCUUUCAUAUUGCAUUUGGUUAUUCCACCAUCAAUCGAGAAAUGAGCUGACGCACGAUACCCAUAGCCAAUCUCAAUGCUUUGCAAUUCUACGCGAAGCUGGGCUACGAAGCAGACGAGAUCGAUCCUACACGAAUGGCGAAAGAGGACUCUGAGAGCGACGGAGACAGUAAUGACAGCGAUGAUGAGGAUGAAGAGAUCGUUGACUAUGUCAUUUUGAGCAAAGCCUUAAGUAGGCUCAAGCGGUAAUACAGUCAACGGUCACAAAUACAACAUGC